AUGAAAAAGGCAGUUGUACAUGUUUGGAAGAAUAUGUCUCUUGCAGAUCGUAGAAAACAUUUAAAAAGUAUGCCAAAUCAAGUAUUUGAAGUUAUUCAGAAUGGCGGCAAUAAAACAAAGUGUGGUUUAGAGAAGGAGGAAAUUUAUAUUCCGAGAAAAAGUUUACUUGAACUGAAAUACGACAGAUUAACGAACAACGAUAAAAGUAUAAAUCAGUUCAAUUGCGAUCAUGUGAAUAACACUUUUUAUUCCUACAUGGUUUGUCCAAAAACUUCAGCCAGAUUUAAAAGAGUACUGUGGGCAAAGCCCCAUCAACCAGUUGGACGUUGGACUAAUCCACUACUCUAUUUGAUAUCGGAGAAAAGAGAAAAUGAAGAUAUGAUUUUAUUAAAAUCACCGAAACAAAAUGUAUCACCCAGCCGAAACAACAUCUGGAAUUAUACUCCAAAAGAGGAUUUAUUCACAUUGGGGAACAAACACCCUUCGCAACUUUCUGCUGAACAAUAUUUGAUAUAUAUGUAUUAUAAAGAAUAUGACAGACUACACAAUACUGCACCAUCAUCGUCAAAACAAGAUUCCAAACAUACAAAAUGCUGUUAUUGUUCCUGGCAAGAAUCGUAUUUUUUUUAAGGAAGUUUUAUUUUUAAAAAAUGAAAAGAUAUUAAGAAAAUGCCCACGAAUAUAUUCAAAACGAUGUAUCAUGAGAACAUUUGUUAUAUAUCUU